GCACGAUCAGAAAGUAAUUGUAGAUUGUCAUAACAAUUAUCGUUCUCAACUUGCUAAUGGAAAAAUACAAAAUCACACAGGACAUAUGCCCCAAGGGGCUAAUAUUAGACAAUUGAGUUAUAGCAAAGAAGUUGAAGCAUCAGCCGCAAAAUGGGCAGAAAAAUGUACAAUAAGCCAUUCUCAUGGAAAUUAUGGCGAAAAUCUUUUUAUGUCAUCAAAUCCCAAAACAAAAACUGCCGAUGCAUUAACCUAUGCCUGCAAUGCCUGGUGGGCAGAAGUAAAAAAUAUAGGGAUUCAAGGAAAUUUAAUUAUGGACAAAAGCCUCCCAGGAAAUGGACACGCAACUCAAAUGGCGUGGGCUACUACCACACAAAUUGGUUGCGCUCUGGCUAGAUGUCCGGGCUCCUAUACAACUCAUCUAAUCGGUCAACUCAUCCAAUCCUUCGGAACGAGACUAUUAAGUACCGGCCGGUUGAGUCCAUGGCCAGUAGCAAAUGGCCAUGGACUCAACUGGUCAUGGACUCAACUGGUCAUGGACUCAACUGGCCAUGGACUCAACUGGUCAUGGACUCAACUGGUCAUGGACUCAACUGGUCAUGGACUCAACUGGCCAUGGACUCAAACGGCCGGAGACUCAGAUGGCCAAAGACUCAAACGGCCGUUACUCAAUAGUCUCGUUUCGAAGGAUUGGAUGAGUUGACCCUUUUUGGCCGUGUAGAUGAGUUAAGGAUUAGAUGAGUUAACGAUUAGAUGAGUUAACCCUUUUUGGCCGUGUAGAUGAGUUAACGAAUAGAUGAGUUAACGAUUAGAUGAGUUGAUCCCUUUUUGGCCGUGUAGAUGAGUUAAGGAAUUUUAGCCGUUUAGAUGAGUUGAACGUUUUUGGCCGUGUAGAUGAGUUAACGAGUAGAUGAGUUAACCGGACACGGAUGUCCGGCAUCAAAAUGGAAAACUUAUCUUGUUUGUCAAUAUAAUCCCUACGGAAAUGUUAUUGGAAGGACAAUUUAUGAAAAAGGAAAACCAUGCAGUGGUUGUGGUAAUAAUAAAUGUAAUUCUAAUGGAUUAUGCA